AUGAUGUGCGCCAGUGUUAUGAUUGCCGGGGACGGGAUUGAGCAACCCAACGGGAACGCAGGUCUUGUCAUGCUCUCGCCUGACAUGCCGCAGCUGCAUCAUAUGCAGCCGCUGAAUUGCGUUGUCAGCCCGACGCGAACGUGUUCCUCCACUCCCGGUCGGAUGUUGCCAUUCGUGAAUUAUGAUUCUUCCGGGUUUGAGCAUUGGUCGGCGCCAAGCCGCGCUACAAUUCUCUCUGAGCCACAAUGGGCAUAUAACAUUCAAUCCGCGUACAAAUUUGGCCAAUGCAGUCCACCGACGGAUAUACUCGCUGAAUAUGCGCAAUACCACGACACGGUUGCCGCCCAGCAGCAGAAGAUUUUGGAGAUGCAAUAUCAGAUCGAUCAGAUGCAAGUGCAAUAUGCUCAGUAUCAAUGUUUGUUAUCUGCCGCCAGCCAGCCGAAGAUUCUAGACUUGGAGUAUGGUAGGGAUGGCCUUCAUCAAUCAAUGUUGCCGCCUUCUCCGAUAGGAGGUAGUUCCGCGCCUACCCAUUCACCGAUAGGUCAUUAUGGAUACGACAAUGGUUGCUUACUGUCACAUGACUCACCUGAAGGAUAUGCCUACUCUUUCAUGCCAUACGGUGCAACGGCUCCAUGCACGCCGCCGUAUCCUGACUCUCCUACAAUGAGCGUGAAUACGACUCCUAACAGUGUGGACAUGAGAUAUGGGUUUCCGGAUAUGGAUGGCGCUAAUAAUGCACGUUACAUGUCACAGGAGAGCGCUGAUAACUUCAUCGACACGUCCACGAAGCCAGUAUUGUCACUGUGUUCCAUGGCGAGUGUAAGCACUGUGGAUCUGAUGAACGAAGAAGUAUAUCGGGGCAUGGGCGCCGAAUUUGCUGGCAAGGAUAAGGACAGUGAUUUAUACAUUGUACGAAAACGUAAGUGGUCCAUCGAAGAGGAAUACACGGCCUCUCCACCUUUUCCGAAUGACAUAAAAAGGCGACUGUCGGUUGACGUGUCAAUUAGCGAUGUCGUACAACAGCCACAAUGCCCCCAUCUUAUCCACGAUGAGGAUUACUCAACUUCUAUAUUGGCGCCACCCCAACCGACUUGGAGAUUUGAUAAUAACUUUGACCCGUCGGUGGAUAUUCCGAACGUUCGUUACCCUUUCUCCAGCGUCUCACCAUUUGCUACGGAACCCAUAGUCAAUGGCCAAAUCAACCAUGAUUACUUCCGCCGUGAUUUCUACUCUACAGUUUGGGAACAAGGCUGCAGUCAUCUGUUUCCGGAAAGUGCUGUAUUGUGGUACCCUAAGGCCAUGGCGUCUCUUCCUUUAUCCCAUGGAUCCACUGGAAUUGUUUCGUGCACAACUGGAGGUGGCAACAAUGGUGGCCAAAAUGAAGCUCAGAGGAAAAGUGUUGCAGAUACUCGCGUAGAACGCCCAACUGCAACAAAUGUCUGCAACUACGGGCCGCCUAGCGCAGGGCUGCUGGGUUCCGAAAGCAGUGACGAGGAGGAUGAGUUAGCUGCUCAAUUUGGCCGUGGCGCCCGUUUGCGACGUAAAGUGAAUGGUUCAAAGGAAGACAACACACGUCCUCGAAAAAAGGGGAAAGCGAACCGAUUGGAUCAUUCGCCGCGCACCGAAAAGAAACGUGAAAUUGAAGAAGCAAUCAAAAGGAUGAUAGACUUAAAUGAAGAGCAGAUAGAGAUGGUAGAAGCUUUGAAAGCGCUCGAGGUCGGCGGCUUGAUGGUGAUCCACAAGCGCAAGACCCAAAAGGAUUCUGCCAUGGAGAUCCGGAAAUCCACAAAAUGUUACGACUAUCUGCUGGACAUCCCGCUUGCUGCGGAGCCCGAUCCAGAGUUGGGAGAGCAGCAGUUCAGGUCUAUUGUACCUGGGGUUUACUGGGACAAGCGUUCUUGGAUAGCAUCUUGGUACGAAGACGGAAUUCGCCACUACAGUAGUUUUUCUGCGAGAAUGCACGGAUUUUAUAGGGCAAAGUACUUUGCCAUCCAGGUGCGGAUGUACAAGACUCAAAGCCAUGUCAAUCUACUGGAUGAGGAAGCUGUAGAAAUGGAGCGCCUAAGUCUAAUAAAUUGUUAUGGACACCUUCAAUGCUAG